AUGGCGGUCUCCCUCACAUACGCUGGACUCAGAUACCACACUAAAGUUAAAUCUAGCCGCCCAAAGUCGCUCAAGGCGAAGCGCAUUCCAGAGGGACGCAGCGCCGUCGGGCUCCUCCGCGCAUUCCUGCCCCACACAAAGAAGUUCCUCCGCCGCCGCCUCGCCCGCACAAAGGAGGGCGCCGUCCGGAGAGCGCCGCCCCGGACAGGGAGCGCAGCGCAGCGCAGCGGCCGGGAGUCCAGCGGCCGGGCGCGAGGCGGACCUUNCUCCAGCCCGCGCGCCAGCCUGGCCGGCUCCUCCGACGGCAGCAAGCCCAGCAGCGCCCGCACCAGCGGCAUCAGCAUGGGCUACGACCAGCGGCACGCCAGCCCGCGCUCCUCCGCCGAGCUGGAGGCCGCGACCGGCCGGUCCCCGGCGCCGCCGGGCUCCGUCGGCGCCGCCUCGCUGGUCAGCCCGCGCUCCAGCCUCUCCAGCCACAGCUCGCGCAGCUCCCGCAGCUCGAUGGGCGCCUACCCGGAGCUGCCGGCUCCCUCGCCGCGGGCCUCGCUGCUUCCCGAGGAGGGUCCUCAGGCAGCCCCCGACGCCGAGGCCGCCGCGCUGCCCUCCGGCCCGGCCGCCAAGUUGCGGCUCCCCUGCCAGGUCACGCCGGCCCGGGAGAGCGGCCCCAGCCAGGUGGAGCGGCGUCUGGAGGCGCUGACGCUGGAGCUGGAGAAGGAGCUGGAGAUGCACGUGCGGAAGGAGUACUUCGGUAUUUGUAUCAAGUGUGGAAAGGGGGUGUAUGGGGCCAGCCAAGCUUGCCAAGCCAUGGGGAACCUUUACCAUACCAACUGCUUUACAUGCUGCUCUUGUGGGAGAAGAUUACGAGGGAAAGCCUUCUACAAUGUUAAUGGAAAGGUCUACUGUGAAGAAGACUUCCUAUAUUCGGGGUUUCAGCAGACGGCAGACAAGUGCUUCAUUUGUGGCCAUCUCAUCAUGGAAAUGAUUUUGCAAGCUCUUGGGAAGUCAUACCAUCCUGGCUGUUUCCGCUGUGUGGUGUGCAAUGAAUGUCUGGAUGGCAUACCCUUCACUGUAGACAUGGAGAACAAUAUUUACUGUGUCAAAGACUAUCACACGGUUUUUGCACCCAAGUGUGCUUCCUGUAACCAGCCUAUUUUGCCAGUCCAGGGCUCCGAAGAGACCAUCCGGGUGGUGUCAAUGGACAGGGAUUACCACGUGGAAUGUUAUCACUGCGAGGAUUGUGGACUCCAGCUGAAUGACGAGGAAGGCCGCCGAUGCUAUCCCCUCGAGAGACACCUGCUCUGCCACACCUGUCACAUCAGGCGCUUGAGCACUAAAGUGUCGGCACACUCUCCCUCUGGGUACCCCAUGCACAUCACGGAGCUCUGAGGCUUCCACUCCCCAUCU